UGGUGAGGAGGAAAACAUGAUUAAGCAGCGAUCUGACGCAAACCCCUGUGAAGCAUGGGAUCAGUCGUACGCUGCUGACGUAAGCCUAGGCGUUACCAGUCGAAAAAAAUGUUCGAUGAUUUCCCAAGACGACCAAAAACUAACCAACAACACUAAACAGACACUUAAUGGUUGAUUAAACGUUUUCCUAGAAAGGCAGUGCGCAACAAGUUUGAUAAAUGAGCAACAACUUGAGUCAUGUAUAAGCAAAAAUUGCCCAAGAUUUCACAGGUACCCGCUUUUUACCUGUUCAUAUGAAACAUGUUUUCAUGGCGUAUGUUAAUCGGUGUCAUAUGCUUUACAAAUGGUUAAACACAAGUUUUGUUUUUUCCGCUGCAGCUUUACGGUUACUUGAGCAUAAUAUUGAAUGAAAAUGUCUUGUACGGUCUAGGUUAGGUGAUCCGCAAUCGAUAUUCAAUGUCUGCUCUCCUUUCUACGUCAUCUCUCCGCGUCUGCGGAAUCCCACAUGUAUGUAAACAUCUCACGUUUUCACGAGAAAAAUCAACCGAAAUGGCACCGACAGGUCACAAAAUGACGAGUAAAACCUUUACGGCGAAAGGUGGCAACAAGAAGACGUUGAGAAAUAGCGCACAGGAUGUCAAGAAGAAGAGGAAGUGGACUCCAGAGCACAAGAUAUUCGACGGCAGUAUUCAAGAAGGUCAAGGCUUUGCUUUCAAGCGGAAAGAGAAAGCCAGACAUGAGUACAACAGGCUGCUGCGGAAGGAGCGGAGGAGGAACACCGAGUCCACACUGCAGUAUAAGGAUGAGUAUCCAGAACAUCUUAGGCAUCUUUACCUGGCUGAGGCUGAGAAACUGAAACAGGAGGCGUGGACGAACAGAGUGAACAGGACAAAGCUGAGAGUAAAAGGACGGGAGGAAGAAAAAGAAACGACUGAAGAUGAUAGUGCUGCUGAUGCGGCACAACAUCCCGAAGACGCUGGUCAAGAUCCAGAAGUUACAGGUGCAUCUGAGCCAAGUGGUUCUGUGACUGGGACUUCAGACCUGACUGCAGCACCAGAGAAGGAAGUUCUUCCAAUGAGCAACCGCAUGAAGAAGAAAUUGCAGAAGAAGACGUCCUACCAGAAGACUAAAGAGGAAUUUGAGAGCGUGAAAGAAAAACAGAGGAAAAAGAAAGAGGAGUAUUUGAAGAACAAGCAGCAGAGAGAAGAAGCCGUUCAGAAGUACAAGCAGAAAAAGAUGGAGACGUUUCAGAUGCUGAAGAAAAAGACCAAGAAAGGACAGCCCAAUCUGAACCUCCAGAUGGACUAUUUGCUUCAGAAGAUCCAAGGGAAUCCGAAAUGACUGAACAGGACCGUGGACGUUGCCUCUAUUUGACUGUGUCAUUAAAACUAGUAGAGGUGCAUCAGGAUUCACCUUUACACUGGUGCACAAUUUAUAAUCUGAGAUUGAUUUAUCUCUGCAUAUUUGGUCCUGUUUGGUCUCAAACCACAAGAGGGUGCUGUGAAAUAUGAAGAAACUGUUAAACAUCCACAUUUGACACAAAAAGUUAGGAGCCACCAUGUGUAUGUAAAGAUAUGUUUGGAGUAAUGGUGUCUAAUUUCUUGGCUCUGCUAUUGAUGGUGGACCCUACUCAGGUCUCAGGUUUGGUCUGCAGGAGGGAACGUGGCCCAAAAGGAGUGGUAAAAACACACACACUGAAACUCUGACACUGACCAACGUCGAUUGAUCCAUUUUAUCAGUUUGUAACAAAGCGAGAUAGAUUGUUUCUGCUGGACGUCAUGGAGACUGAGCAAUGUUUCUCAUGUGUGUUUCUGGUUGUGUAAAGCGAUGUACACUUUCAAAUGCUGACCAUUUUCUAACAACCUAUUGAGUUUUAAUGUAAUUGACAAACUAUAUCAGAUGUUUUUUUUGCAACAGCAGCAAAGAGUAAUUCAGGUAUCAGUUGUUGUUUUUUUUGCUUUUAUUCCCAAGUAAUAUCCUCUAAUUAUCAGAUUCCUUUUUAGUAUGUGAAUAAUUAUGUGAAAUAAAACAACAUUACACAUGAAGACACAUUAA